UAGAUUAACGCGAAGUUGGCGGAUAAAUUAGAUUCUGUGUCGCUUAAACCCUAACCCCUCUUCCCGCCUCUUUCCUUCUCUCUCUCUUUAUGUCUUUGCUUCCUUAAACCCUAAAUUUAGGAGCAGCCAUGCCAGAUUUCACUCUUUUAGCAGAGCAAAGCGCUUGAACCUCUCCAUCUUGGACUAUUAUUUCUCAAAAGGAUCGAUGUUAAGUACUAUUUCAAGGAUGAAGUCCAUGAUUUUUCCUACAUUUUCUCCUCCCUCUCUCCAUUUCCCCAAAACCAUACCUUUUGCGAUUUUCUCUUUAGCCUCGAAAGAACCCGAUCUUCGCAACCUCCGGACGCUUCAGAAUCCGAAAUUUCUUCACCUAAAGCCCACAAUGCCUUCACCUGGAACCCCGAUUUUUUCAACCCCAAGUCGAAAUCUGCAUACAGAGACCUCACAAUCUUCUUCACCGUGUGGUGAGGUUCACGUGAUCGUAGGACCCAUGUUCGCUGGCAAGACAACCACGUUGCUUCGCAGAAUUCAAUCUGAAAGCAGCAAUGGCAGCUUUCAGGCCAAGCUCCGUAAAAACUACAUACAACUGAAUAAAGCUUUAAGGGGUCUUUGUUUUGCGGGAAGACUGAGUGAAGCUGUGGGGCUACUAUGGCGUACGAGAUUGAAAGCAGAUGCUGGAACUUAUGCUCUUCUCUUGCAAGAAUGCAUAUUCAGGAAAGAAUAUAAAAAUGGAAGAAGAAUCCAUGCACAAAUGGUUGUUGUUGGAUAUGUGCCCAAUGAAUAUCUGAAGAUCAAGUUGUUAAUAUUGUAUGCAAAAUUAGGGGUUUUAGAAACUGCCCAUGCUUUGUUUGAUAAGUUACUAGAGAAAAAUUUGAUUUCUUGGAAUGCAAUGAUUGCUGGGUUUGUGCAAAAGGGUUGUGGAGAAUUUGGACUUGAUCUCUAUUACAAGAUGAGAAAGAAUGGUUUAACACCAGACCAGUACACCUUUGCAUCUGUAUUUAGAGCCUGUGCCUCCUUGGCCACACUAGAGCAUGGGAAGCGAGCACAUGGGAUCUUGAUAAAGAGUCCUAUCACGGAAAAUGUUGUGGUCAGCAGUGCCCUUAUGGAUAUGUAUUUCAAAUGCAGCAGUCUUACUCAUGGUCAUCAGGUAUUUGAUGAAGUAGUAUAUAGAAAUGUUGUUACUUGGACGAGUUUGAUAUCUGGAUACGGCCAGCAUGGAAGGGUUAUUGAGGUUUUGGAAUCAUUUGAUAAAAUGAAAAAUGAAGGUUUUAGACCAAACUAUGUUACCUUUCUUGCUGUUCUUUCUUCAUGUAGCCAUGGAGGCUUAGUGGAUAAAGGUUGGCACUAUUUCUUAUCAAUGACAAGAGACUAUGGAAUGCAACCGAGAGGGCAGCAUUAUGCUGCCAUGGUUGAUCUUAUAGGCCGUUCUGGAAAGUUGCGUGAAGCUUAUGAGUUUAUUCUUAACUCACCUUUUAAGGAGCACCCGGCCAUAUGGGGUGCUUUGCUAGGGGCCUGUAGGAUUCAUGGAGAUAUAGAUCUGAUAAAGCUUGCAGCAGAUAAGUACUUUGAAUUGGACCCUGAAAAUGCGGGAAAAUAUGUAGUUUUGUCUAAUGCUUAUGCCACUUUUGGUUUUUGGGACAAUGUGGCCUCACUUAGGAGGAUGAUGAGGAAUUCUGGGGUCAAAAAGGAGCCUGCUUAUAGCAGGAUUGAGAUUCAAGGGGAGGUUCACUUCUUUUUAAGGGGUGAUAUAUCUCACAAACAUUCUGUGGAGAUUUACGAGUUGAUCAAAUUAAUGACUUCCAUCUUAAAGGAUGCAGGCUAUGUUCCUGAUAUAAAUGGCACCUAAAAUCCUAUGUACCACACUUUAGUGUGGUGUCUUGUCAAGAAGCAGGGCUGGUUGAGGGUUCUAAAAGUUCUUCAUAAUUUAAUCUUAGACUCUUAGCCUGUGGUGAAAAAUGUACUGAAUUUGGGGACCCUGUUAAUAGGUAAGGCACAUUAAAUAUACUGUUGUA